AUGGCAUCCCAAUUUCCCUCUCAAGCCCGUUCUCUUUACCGAUCUAUCCUACGGGAACUACCCCAGCGCCCGCUCUCAUCACCAUCACCCCUCACAGCCCGAAUCCGCAUUCACCUCGCCUCGCAACCGUCGCCGGAGAGCAACAGCACCAGGCGAAGGCAGGUGGCACAGGCACAGAUGGAAGAAGCAGAGCAAAUUAUGCAGUAUUUGAGGGCUCAAAGGCAAUACGUCACGUUGCUGGAACGUUAUAACCCAGGCGCCAAUAUGGAUGAGGAGGAGCGGGUGAGGUUGACCGCGAGAAGGGUGGGGAUGGAAUUACCCAUUGAGGCGGAGGGUAUUGAGAAGAGCGAAUAGGAGUGGACGGAAAUGGAACUGAUAGAGGGUGGAAGAGAAGCUAUGAGGAAUGGCUAUGAGCUUUGAGGAUUCGUUUAAUCUGUGAAAUGAAUUUGCUCUCCUGCCAAUUCUCAUGGAUGCCUUUUGUUUCCAAGGGGGAAAGAGAGAGAUUCUGGUCUUGGCGAUCCUACUGAGAUACAGCAAACGUGAUCUCGACGAUCGCUAUCCUGGUUCUGCUCCGUGAUGAGCAGUGCGAUAUCUACCUUCCGCGAACACUUUGCGAAUUACACAACCAUCUAAAAAUCGUUUUUUUGCCCCGAUUGUCAGAUACAAGUUGCCAAACGAGCCUUUCUCUUCAUUAUGUAUCCCGAUAACCUCCCACAUCCCUCAGGAACGACAAUUUUCCACAAUAUAUCCAAUGCUCGUUUUAUAAAUUAAUGUGAUGUCAAACCUGGACAACAUUUCUUUCUUUUGUUUGGAAAAAGCAAAGGCUAAAGUCUUAUGUGCGGAAGCUCUUUCCGGUCAGAGACGGGAUGCGUCUUUUACCUCACUGC